UCUCACUCCGGCAGUCCCGCUUCCCCUCAGUCGGCUCUCGGGCGCGACCAGCGGCUCCGAAGGCCGAACUGGAGUAACUCCGGGCUCCUGCAGGCGGUCCGGGUUCAUGAAUCCAGACUGGGGCCGCUGCUGUUUUCUUCAGGUUGUUAAGGCUGAGUAGGAGUUAAAGCGGCGGCAGGACCCCUCAAUGGCGGCUCGCAGUGAAACCCGGUGUAAGACCAUGAGGAUCCUCUGGCUGCUGCUGAUGCUGGUUCAGCUUCACCAUGUUCACUCAGCAUCGAAAGGAGUCACUGCCAGUUUGAAGGCCAAAUGGCCUCAAACUCCACUCUUACUGGAGACCAGCGAGUUCAUCAGUGAAAGUGGUGAUGAAAGGUUUUGGCAGUUUGUCGACACUGUGAAGGAGCUGACGGUGUACAAACACGGAGAAUCUGUCCGAUCAUACUAUAACCUCAUCGUUAGAAAGGCCAGUCAGUUCCUGUCGGGUCUUCAGGUCAGCCUGCUCAAGCUCGCCCUGUCUCUCAGAGCCUACUCGCCUGCUGUGCAUGCAUUCCAACAGAUUGCCAGUGAUGAGCCUCCACCUGAGGCGUGCUCUGCGUUUGUGUCCGUGCACGGCCAGCACGCCUGCAGCACCAAGGAAAUGAAGAAGCUCCUGAAGGCUGCCGCAGGCAGGCCAAAGCCAUACCUUUAUAAGAACGAUCACAAGUACCCAGGAGCCAACGGGACGGAUCUUCCUGUGGUUAUUCUCUAUGCUGAGAUCGGGACCAAAAAAUUCAACACAUUCCAUAAGGUUCUUUCUGAGAGGGCCGAAGAGGGGAAGCUGGUCUAUGUGCUGCGGCAUUUCGUGGCUGACACAAAGAAGCAGAACAUGCUUUUAUCUGGAUAUGGAGUAGAACUGGCAAUCAAAAGUACCGAGUAUAAAGCUGUGGAUGACACCCAAGUUAAAGAUUCAAAAUCAUCCACAACCCACGAGGAAGAUGACCAUGAUGAGGUUCAAGGGUUUUUGUUUGGAAAAUUAAAGGAGUCUCAUCCGGAACUGCAGGAGCAGUUAGGCGAACUGAAGAGGCAUCUCAUAGAAAGCACCAACGACAUGGCCCCUCUCAAAGUGUGGGAGCUGCAAGACCUGAGUUUCCAGGCAGCGGCUCGGAUCAUGUCUGUGCCAAAGUUUGAUGCCCUCAAAUUGAUGCGAGAUCUCAGCCAAAACUUCCCCAGCAGAGCGAGAUCACUGACGAGAGUGGCUGUAAACCAAGAAAUGAGGAAAGAAAUUGAGGAGAACCAAAAGCGGCUGAGUGAGACUAUGGGAAUCCACCCUGGAGAUGCCAGUCUCUUCAUUAAUGGAAUACACAUUGAUCUGGACCUUCACAACCCUUUUAGCAUACUGGAUGUUGUCCGAGGAGAGGCUAAGCUCCUGGAGGGCCUUCAUAACUUGGGCAUCAGAGGGACCAGCAUGAGCAAGUUCCUGCGGUUGCCGGUGACCACUGUGGAGGACAGUUAUGCUCUGGACAUCAGGCACUCUGCUAUAAUGUGGAUUAAUGAUAUUGAGAGGGACUCGACGUACCGGGAUUGGCCUUCUAGCCUCCAGGAGCUCCUCAGAGCUACAUUUCCUGGAGUGAUUCGACAAAUCCGACGAAACUUCUUUAACUUGGUUUUGUUUCUUGACCCAGUCCAGGAAGACAGCAUUGAGCUGGUCAAACUGGCCGAGCUCUUUUACAAGCAUAAGAUUCCCCUCAGGAUUGGAUUUGUCUUUGUUGUCAAUACAGAUGACAAAGUGGACGGAUACAAGGACGCUGGGGUCGCUUUCUUCAGAGUGUUGAACUACAUCACAGAGGAGUACGACAUGACCCAGGCCUUCUUAUCCAUGGUGUCUAUGUAUAACAGAGUCGAUGUCGGAGAUUCCUUAUCUGUUGACACAGUGACUGCAUAUCUGAAGAAGAAAUUUCCAAAAGCGAAUGCUGACAGAAUUCUUGGGGAGGACUCAGACUAUGACGACAAGCGAAAGGCUGGAGGAGUGUUCUACAGGAAGAGUGGCCUGGGAGCACUUCCUGUGGCCCUGUUUAAUGGGGUUCCUUUCAGCAGUGAGGAGAUGGACCCGGACGAGCUGGAGACCAUCCUGCUCCAGCGCAUCAUGGACACCACCAACUUCUUCCAGAGAGCUGUUUUUAUGGGUCAGAUUUCUGAAGGUAUGGAUGUGGUGGACUUCCUGAUGGAGCAGGCGAACGUAGUGCCACGCAUUAACCCUGUGAUUCUGAGCCCAGACAGGAGAUACCUGGACUUCACUGCAUCACCAGUUGCUGAUGACUGGGAUGACUCAACAAUGUUCUCGUUCCUGGACUCCAAGGACAAGACUGCUGUUGUUUCCAAGAGAAUGAAGUAUUUAACCAAGCAUGAAGAGGAGAUGGUGUAUGGAGUGACCAUUUGGAUUAUUGCGGAUAUUGAGCAGGCCCCUGGGAGGCAGAUGUUGCUGAAUGCCUUGAAACAUAUGAAGUCUAGUAGUUCCAGUAGCCGGGUUGGUGUGAUUAAUAACCCGAGUAGUGAGCCCAGGGAAGACAACAGCAGCCUAUACCGAGCCAUCUGGGCCUCCUUCCUCACCCAGACCACCAAGAACACCCUCGACUUCACCCUCAAACUCCUGAAAGAGGAGACCGUUCAGCUCCUCACACAAGGCACCAAGAUUAAAGACCUGCUCUUACAGGGAAUGGACCAGGAUGCUUUUGAGAAGAAGUUCAACACUCUGGAGAUGAACUUUCUGCACAGCCAGCAGAGGUUCUGUCAGGAGGCGCUGAAGCUGAAGGCAGGACAGAGAGCUGUGGUCAGCAACGGCAGGAUCCUGGGUCCGUUUGCAGAAGAGGAGGAGUUCAGUGUGGACGAUUUUUACCUGCUGGAGAGGAUCACGCUGAGCACCUCAGCCGAGAAAAUCAAAGCUAAAGUCAAGCAAAUGAACUUGACUCCCAAAAAGGCGUGUGAUCUCAUUAUGAAAGUGGAUGCUCUGCUCUCCGCCGCUCCCAAAGGAGAAGCCCGGAAGGAUAUCAGAUUUAUGAAAGACAAACACAGUGUUUUGCAUCUGGCUCCAAGGGAGGAUGAGGUGUUCUAUGAUGUGGUAGCAGUCGUGGACCCACUCACAAGAGAAGCUCAGAAAUUGGCUCCGCUAUUGAUUGUGCUUGGUCAAGUGGUCAAUAUGAGAGUGCAGGUGUUCAUGAACUGCCGAGCCAAGCUGUCCGAGAUGCCCCUGAAGAGCUUCUAUCGUUUUGUGAUGGAGGCGGAGGUGUCCUUCCUGGGGAACGAUACAAUGUCCCCUGGCCCAGUGGCUCGCUUCACUGAAAUCCCAGAAUCCCCUCUGCUCACACUGAACAUGAUCACACCGGAAAGCUGGAUGGUGGAAGCGGUUCGGAGCCGACAUGACCUAGACAACAUACACCUACAGGAGGUCAGUGGGGUGGUGAAUGCGGAGUACGAGUUGGAAUACCUGCUGCUGGAGGGACACUGCUUUGACCUGUCUACGGGUCAGCCUCCCCGGGGCCUGCAAUUCACUUUGGGUAUGAAGCAGGACCCUCUCAUGCAGGACACUAUCGUCAUGGCCAACCUGGGUUACUUCCAGUUAAAGGCCAACCCGGGUGCUUGGAUCCUCAGGUUGCGCAAGGGCAGAUCUGAGGAUAUCUAUCAGAUACAAGCGCAUGAUGGAACGGACUCGCCCGCAGAUGCUGGGGAUGUUAUCGUGGUGCUCAACAGCUUCCACAGCAAGAUCAUCAAAGUCAGAGUUCAGAAAAAGCCUGACAAACUUAACGAAGAUCUCCUCAGCGAGACUACAGAAAGCAAAGGCCUGUGGGAUUCUAUAACGAGUGUGUGGAGUACUUUGGAGAGAAGUCUAACAGGCGGCUCCAGUGUGGAAGAAGCGGAGAAGAAGAAGGAGGAUGUGCUCAACAUCUUCUCAGUGGCCUCUGGACAUCUGUACGAGCGCUUCCUGAGGAUAAUGAUGCUCUCUGUCCUCCAGCACACGAAAACCCCCAUCAAGUUCUGGUUCCUGAAAAACUACCUCUCCCCCUCCUUUAAGGAGUUCAUUCCCCACAUGGCGGAGGCGUACGGUUUCCAGUAUGAAUUGGUGCAGUAUAAGUGGCCCCGCUGGCUGCAUCAGCAGACGGAGAAGCAGAGAAUCAUCUGGGGUUACAAGAUCCUCUUCUUGGACGUUCUUUUCCCUCUAGCUGUGGAUAAGAUCAUCUUUGUGGAUGCUGAUCAGAUUGUCAGGGCAGAUCUGAAAGAGCUGAGGGAUUUGGACCUGGAAGGCGCUCCCUAUGGGUACACACCGUUCUGCGACAGCCGGAGAGAGAUGGAGGGUUACCGUUUCUGGAAGACGGGUUACUGGGCGUCACACCUGGGUCAUAGGAAAUACCAUAUCAGUGCACUGUACGUGGUGGACCUGAAGAAGUUCAGAAAGAUUGCAGCAGGAGAUCGUCUUCGGGGACAGUACCAAGCCUUGAGUCAAGAUCCCAACAGCCUUUCCAAUCUAGACCAGGACCUCCCCAACAACAUGAUCCAUCAAGUGGCCAUCAAGUCGCUUCCUCAGGAGUGGCUGUGGUGUGAGACCUGGUGUGACGAUGCAUCCAAGCCAACUGCUAAGACAAUCGACCUGUGUAAUAACCCCAAGACCAAAGAGCCCAAGCUGAGCGCGGCCGUGCGCAUCGUCCCCGAGUGGUCCAGCUACGACAACGAGAUCAAACAGCUCCUGAAACGGGUACAAAACCAGAAAGGGGACACGUCCCGCACAGGGUCGUCACCAUCAUCAGCACAGAGCACAGGCACUCAACAGCGUGAUGAACUUUAACACCUGUCCAAGAGGAAAUGGAGACAUUUGCACCUCGUCCUCCUGCGCAGCUUGAGCUCAGCAACUACACAGAGAAGAGCGUUUCCCAUUAAACUGUACCUGAAAGUAUUAGACCGGACCUCAGCUUUAUGCAGACUGGGAGGAGACGGGAACACUAAGACUCCUGAUUUUUUUUUUAAAUAAAAAAGAAAAUUGUAUCUUUUUUUUUAUUAUUAUUAUUUACGGAUGGUGGUGAAUGGAGCCCUUAUUUUAAAGGUACAAUAGAUAGAAUUUUCCAUUAACGUAUGACAAGAGGAAGUGUUACAGAGCAUUAGCACCUAUGGAACGAUACAAGACACAAAGGCAAAGAAGACUUGCUUUUUAUUCAGUGGUUGGAUGAUUCCGACUGCGUACCAUGCCAUAUGACCUGCAGUGAAACGUUACUGUACCUUUAACCCUUUCUUUCUUUUAGAUGUCUGCUCUGCUGUACCAGUGUGGACAGGACAGAAAGGGUGGAGAACCAUGUCAGUUGUCUUGUUAUACUUGUGGUCUAAGAUGAAUCGCACUGGUUACACAGGGACGAAAAACAUGCUUUUCCUCCACAUUCCUCAAUCAUUCCAAGCUCCCGAUAAGCUUUUCUGUUGGAUAAUGUUUACACAAGAAGGAAACUCUCCACAUCUCUCCACAUCUGUUACUUUGGCUCUGUCACACUGGUUUGAAAUCGCCAGCUCUGUGUUGAUCUAUAGAGAGGAAACCUAAUCAUGGUAGUAGGAGUUGUUUCUGCUGGUAAAACACCAAUAUAAAGGAAGGAAAAUGAAAUCCGUGGGCUGACGCUGGAGCUCCGUUAGUCAGCAGAGGAAUUUCAAUACUCCGUCCCACUCAAGACCCUUCAGAACAGGGUACAGAUCAUUAGUGUUUCUUACUGCGUGAACAAAUCACAUCAGUUCCCAUAGAAUCCCCUCUGCUGAGUAAGGAGUAGGGCUGAACGAUUUGGGGGAAAUAUUCAAUCACGAUCUUUCUGACCGAUAUUCCAGGCCUGUUUUUGGUUAAGAAGACCAAAACAUCCACUUUUUCAGGCAUGAACUCUGAACGCUGAGUGCAUCAGACUACCAGACUAGUUGUGAUGUCACAUAUACAGAACAUGGGUGUUUUGGUGCUUCUGAUUGGUCCACAGCCAGUUUACAAGCUCUAUUUUAUUAGGUUAAAUUUCCUCAUAUAAAACUUGACGACACUCAGUGCGUUUACAUGCACUUAUUAAUCCAAUCAUAGUCAGAUUUCUGCAGUUAUCUGACUAUUUAAAUGGUCAUGACA